AUGUGGGGCUCCAGGGCACAGCAAUCAGGUCCGGACAGGGGCGGAGCCUGCCUGCUGGCUGCUCUCCUACUUUGUUUCAGCCUCUUACACGCCCAGGACAACACAUCCUCGCAAACACCUCCACUCAAACCAAGAAACCGGAUUCUCUGGGAAGACUUAUGUGGCAUGACCAAAUUUGAUGGGAGGAUCCAUGGUGGUCAUAUUGCAAAGGCUGAGCGGUGGCCAUGGCAGGCCAGUCUGAUCUUUCGUGGCAGGCACAUCUGUGGAGCUGUUCUCAUCGACAAAACCUGGGUAGCCAGUGCUGCCCACUGCUUCCAAAGGUCUCUCAAACCAUCUGACUACCGGAUCCUGCUAGGGUACAGCGAGCUGAGCAACCCCUCCAACUACAGCCGGCUGAUGACAGUGAAUAAGGUCAUCAUGUAUAAGGACUAUAACAAGCUCAAGAGUCAGGAGAAAGACAUUGCCCUGCUCCAGCUACAACUGCCUGCCAUCUACAGCUCCCACAUUUUCCCCGCCUGUGUCCCCAACACCACCACGAGAGUGCCCACUGAUAGUCUCUGCUGGAUAAGUGGCUGGGGAAUGCUCUCAGAGGAGAAGUUCCUGAAAGAGCCUUUCCCUCUGCAAGAUGCAGAGGUCUUCCUUAUGGAGGAACAGGAGUGUGAAGCCUUUUUCCAGACACCGGAGAUGAUCAAUGUCAUUGAAUAUGAUGUUAUAAAAGAUUAUAUGAUAUGUGCCGGGGAUAUCACCAAUCAGAAAUCCACCUGCCGAGGAGACUCUGGGGGUCCCCUUGUCUGCUUGCUGGAUGGCUUCUGGUACGUGGUAGGGCUGGCCAGCUGGCAUGGAGCCUGUCAAGAGCCGAUACACAGCCCCAACAUCUUCACCAAGGUUGCCUACUUUUCUGACUGGAUCAAGAAGAAAAUGGCAGACACUCCUGCUGCUGAAUUUGUCUCAGCACCCCUUGAGGAAGUGGCGCCAUCCCUGACAGGCUGGAAGAAUUACAGUGCGGGCACUACCCUCAAACCCAGUAUCUGCACAGCCAUGCUGUCUUCUCAGGUCCUCCUCCUGCAAUCGAUUUGGUUCAGGAUUUUGUGAUAGGCCCACAGAGCCUUGCAAGCCAUCAUGUCUGCCAGCCCAUCCACUGAGAGCCACUUUGCAUGGUUCCAACUGUGGGCUCACCUGUCCCAUCUGAGGCCACACCAGCUCCAGGUCUGACAGAAUAAAGCAACUA